GAAGUAUUUCCUGGCUAUUGCAACAGACUGCAAGAAGCACUUGAGAAAUAAAGAACAACAAAGAACCAUGGCUUGUGAGAAGAGCAAGAUACUAGUAUUUGGAGGGACUGGGUAUCUUGGCUUAUACAUGAUCAAGGCAAGCCUCUCGAUGGGCCAUCCAACCUACGCUUAUGUUCGCCCUGUCAAACCAGACACCAAUCCUUCCAAGCUAGACCUCCUCAAGGAAUUCGAAUCCAUGGGAGUCACUGUAUUCCAAGGAGAGUUGGAAGAGCAUGACAAGCUUGUUUCAGCAGUAAAACAAGUAGAUGUAGUGAUUUCUACUCUUGCAGUUCCUCAGCAUCUAGACCAACUCAAAAUAAUUAGUGCUAUGAAAGAAGCUGGUAACAUCAAAAGGUUUGUGCCAUCAGAAGAGGUCGAUAGAGUUAGUGGGCUGCCACCUUUCGAAUCAGUGCUUGAUAACAAAAGGAAGAUCAGGAGAGCAUCAGAAGCUGCUGGACUUUCUUACACUUACGUCUCUGCAAACUCCUUUGCUGCAUAUUUUGUGGAUUACUUGCUCCAUCCCCAUGAGAAAAGAGAAGAAGUUAUUGUUUAUGGAAGCGGUGAAGCCAAAGCUGUGUUGAAUUACGAAGAAGAUGUGGCAGCCUAUACAGUGAAAGCAGCAACAGAUCCAAGGGUCGCCAAUCGUGUCAUCAUCUACAGGCCCCCUGGAAACAUUGUUUCCUAACUAUGUUUAAUAUCUUCUUGGGAGAAAAAGACUGGACGAACUCUCAAGAAAAUCCAUGUCCCUGAGGAAGAAAUCGUGAAGCUCUCUGAGUCCUUGUCCUUCCCAGAAAACGUCCCACCGUCGAUCCUGCACAGCAUAUUCAUCAAAGGUGAUCAGAUGAGCUUUGAACUCACAGCAGAUGAUUUGGAGGCUUCCGAGUUAUAUCCUGACUACAAGUACACUUCCGUUGAUAGUCUCCUCGACAUCUGCUUGGUUAAUCCCCCUAAGCCCAAAUUAGCAGCAUUCUCGUAAAAUAUUAAUUAUUGUGCUGUCGUCAUGUGUGCACCAAAUAAAUAAAGAGCUUGUUGGCUUAACUUGUAUUUAUACAAGGCCAUUUGAUUAAUACAAGAAACUUCUUCAUUAAUCCAUGUAGGCAAAUGUCUA